GCAGAUUGGAAUAAGUAUGAUGACCGCUUGAUGAAAGCAGCAGAAAGGGGAGAUGUAGAAAAAGUGUCCUCAAUCCUUGCUAAAAAGGGGGUCAAUCCAGGCAAACUAGAUGUGGAAGGCAGAUCUGCUGUCCACACUGCCCAUGUGGAAAUGCUAUGGAGAAAUGCUCUUCACCUGGCUGCUAAGUAUGGACAUGCAUUGUGCCUACAAAAACUUCUACAGUAUAAUUGUCCCACUGAACAUGUAGACCUGCAGGGAAGAACUGCACUUCAUGAUGCAGCAAUGGCAGACUGUCCUUCUAGCAUACAGCUGCUUUGCGACCAUGGGGCCUCUGUGAAUGCCAAAGAUGUAGAUGGGCGGACACCACUUGUUCUGGCUACUCAGAUGUGUAGGCCAACAAUAUGUCAACUGCUGAUAGAUAGAGGAGCGGAUGUUAAUUCCAGAGACAAACAAAACAGAACUGCUCUCAUGCUGGGUUGUGAGUAUGGUUGCAGAGAUGCAGUAGAAGUCUUAAUUAAAAAUGGUGCUGAUGUAAACUUGCUGGAUGCCCUCGGCCAUGAUAGUGCUUACUAUGCAAGAAUUGGUGACAACUUGGACAUUCUAACCUUGUUGAAGACUGCUUCGGAAAAUACCAACAAAGGGAGAGAACUUUGGAAGAAAGGACCAUCUUUGCAACAGCGAAAUUUGACACACAUGCAAGAUGAAGUAAACAUGAAGUUGAAUCAGAGGGAGCAUCAAAACAUUCAGGAUCUGGAGAUUGAAAAUGAAGAUUUGAAAGAGAGGUUAAGAAAAAUUCAGCAAGAACAAAGAAUACUAUUGGAUAAAGUCAAUGGUUUACAGUUACAGCUGAAUGAGUGUACCUCCACAGGUAUGCCAGCCCAUAUGCAAAGCAGAUCUAUGUUAAGACCACUGGAGCUAUCUUUAUCCAGUCAAACCUCAUACUCUGAAAAUGAAGUUUUAAAGAAGGAGUUAGAAGCAAUGCGAACUUUUUGUGAUUCAGCAAAACAAGACCGACUCAAGCUCCAAAAUGAACUGGCUCACAAGGUGGCAGAGUGCAAAGCUUUAGCACUGGAGUGUGAAAGGGUCAAGGAGGAUUCAGAUGAACAGAUAAAGCAAUUAGAAGAUGCAUUAAAAGAUGUGCAGAAGAGGAUGUUUGAGUCAGAAGGUAAAGUGAAACAAAUGCAGACCCAUUUUCUUGCCCUUAAAGAGCACCUGACCAGUGAAGCAACUACAGGGAAUCACAGACUGACGGAGGAACUGAAGGAUCAGUUGAAAGACAUGAAAGCAAAAUAUGAAGGUGCUUCGGCAGAAGUGGGAAAACUAAGAAACCAAAUCAAACAAAAUGAGAUGGUGGUAGAAGAGUUUAAGAGAGAUGAAGGCAAGCUGAAAGAAGAAAAUAAGCGAUUGCAGAAGGAAUUUAGUAUGUGUGAAAUGGAGCGAGAGAAGAAAGGAAGAAAGGUCACAGAGAUGGAAGGCCAGUUAAAAGAAUUGUUAGCAAAGUUGGCUCUUUCCAUUCCAACAGAAAAAUUCGAAAACGUGAAGAGCUUAUUAUCGAAUGAAGUGAAUGAGAAAGCAAAAAAGUUAGUAGAAAUGGAGAGAGAAUGUGAAAAAUCACAUAGUGAAAUUAGACAGUUAAAGAGAGAACUUGAGAAUGUUAAGGCCAAGCUUGCUCAGCAUGUCAAACCAGAAGAACAUGAACAGCUCAAGAACAGAUUGGAGCAAAAAUCAGGCGAACUUGGGAAGAAGAUCACAGAGUUAACACUGAAAAAUCAGACAUUACAAAAGGAAAUUGAAAAGGUGUAUCUGGAUAAUAAGCUCCUCAACCAGCAAGUACAUAACUUAACAAUUGAAAUGAAAAAUCAUUAUGUUCCUUUAAAAGUAAGUGAAGAAAUGAAAAAGUCACAUGAUGUCAUUCUUGAUGAUUUGAAUAAAAAGCUUUUAGACGUAACACAGAAAUAUACAGAAAAGACCUUGGAAAUAGAGAAACUGCUGAAGGAAAAUGACAGUUUAAGUAAGAACGUUAGCCGCCUGCAAGCUGUGUUUGUUCCUCCUGAGAAACAUGAAAAAGAGAUAACGGCUCUGAAAUCCAAUAUUGUUGAACUUAAAAAACAAGUGUCUGACCUUAAGAAAAAAUGUGGUGAAGACCAAGAGAAAAUACAUGCACUCACGUCUGAAAGCGCUAACUUGAAAAAGACUAUGAGUAAUCAGUAUGUGCCAGUUAAAACCCAUGAAGAGAUGAAAGUAACAUUGAAUAACACAUUAGAUAAAACUAACAGAGAAUUAUUAGAUGUGAAGAAAAAAUUUGAAGGUAUAAAUCAAGAAUUUAUAAAAAUAAAAGAUGAGAAUGAAAUAUUGAAGAGAAACCUGGAAAACACUCAAAACCAAAUAAAAGCCGAGUACAUCAGCCUAGAAGAGCAUGAGGAAAAGAUGAGUGCUCUAAGUAAGAGCAUGAAAAAGGUACAGGAGGAUAAUGCUGAAAUACUGGCUAACUACAGACAAGGCCAAGAAGAGAUUGUGAGGCUGCAUGCUGAGAUUGAAGCCCAGAAGAAGGAACUCGACACAAUACAAGAAUGCAUUAAGCUAAAAUAUGCACCAAUUAUCAGCUUUGAAGAGUGUGAGAGAAAAUUUAAAGCAACAGAGAAGGAACUAAAAGAACAGUUAUCAGAGCAGACACAAAAGUACAGUGCCAGGGAAGAAGAGGCCAGGAAAAACAAGCAAGAGAAUGACAAGUUAAAGAAGGAGAUUUUUAUCCUUCAGAAAGAUUUAAAGGAUAAGAAUGUUCUCAUUGAGAAUUCACAUGAAAUGGAAAGAACACUAAGCAGAAAAACAGAAGAGCUAACCAAACAGUUAAAAGAUCUGUCACAGAAAUACACAGAAGUAAAGAACGAGAAAGAGAAGCUAGUAGAAGAAAAUGCCAAACAAACUUCUGAGAUACUUGCAGUGCAAAAUCUUUUGCAAAAACGGCACGUUCCAAUGGAACAGGUUGAGGCCCUGAAAAAAUCUCUCAAUGGCACAAUUGAGAAUCUAAAGGAAGAACUAAAGAAUAUGCAAAGGUGUUAUGAGAAAGAGCAGCAGACAGUGACCAAACUGCAUCACUUGUUGGAGAAUCAAAAGAAUUCUUCUGUGCCCUUGGCAGAGCAUUUGCAGAUUAAGGAAGCAUUUGAGAAAGAAGUUGGAAUCAUAAAAGCUAGCUUGAGAGAAAAGGAAGAAGAAAGCCAAAACAAAACUGAGGAAGUCUCCAAACUUCAGUCUGAGGUUCAGAAUACCAAACAAGCAUUAAAAAAAUUGGAGACUAGAGAGGUAGUUGAUUUGUCUAAAUAUAAAGCAACGAAAAGUGACUUGGAGACACAGAUUUCCAACUUAAAUGAAAGAUUGGCCAAUCUGAAUAGAAAGUACGAGGAAGUAUGUGAGGAAGUUUUACAUGCCAAAAAGAAGGAACUAUCUGCAAAAGAUGAGAAGGAAUUACUACAUUUCAGCAUUGAGCAAGAGAUCAAGGAUCAGAAGGAACGAUGUGAUAAGUCCUUAACAACAAUCACAGAGUUACAAAGAAGAAUACAAGAAUCUGCUAAACAAAUUGAAGCGAAGGAUAAUAAGAUAACUGAACUGCUUAAUGAUGUAGAAAGACUAAAACAAGCACUCAAUGGCCUUUCCCAACUCACCUACACAAGUGGGAACCCCACCAAGAGGCAGAGCCAACUGAUUGACACUCUGCAGCACCAAGUGAAAUCCCUGCAGCAGCAGCUGGCUGAUGCUGACAGACAGCACCAAGAAGUAAUCUCAAUUUAUCGGACACACCUUCUUAGUGCUGCACAGGGUCACAUGGAUGAAGAUGUUCAGGAGGCCUUACUCCAAAUCAUACAAAUGCGGCAGGGGCUUGUGUGCUAGCGGUUAGCACUGACCGGCCAAUGUCUGCUUUGUCCUGCUGGUGCUGAGCUUUCUGUGCACAACUCCACGGUCUUUCUGGGCCUUACUGUGCUAGUAUAAUUAAAAUAAAAUAUGUUUUGUUCCA